ACAACAUCUGACUGCCUUUUGGUAAAACCCAGCUGCAUCUUGAGAAUUUGCUACGAAUCCCCAUUAUCAAAUCUACUUUCAAUGGUCAAGAGACUAUAAAAAAAUCUGAAGUUAGCCUUGAUUGGCGUCAAAGAAGUUGGAAGCGAGUCCUAGAAUAUCAGGGUUCAAUCUAGUAAUUGAAACUCCUUUGGGUUCUAUACUUAUAUAGUUAUGAAGAAAGAAAUAGCCUGGGUAUUUUCAAUGAGUUUUAAAAGUGGGCCUCUCUUGUAUCGGUCUUUCUACAACUGAGAGGGCCCACUUACUAUGACUUUGUCAGCUCACAAGAAUUUUCUAUUUCCAUCUCAUCCUUUUCCUUGCCUCCCAUAUGAGUUUGAUAUGUGAUUUACAAGUUGCUAAACUAUAGGCCCAAAUGUAGUUCAAUUUCCAAACCACAUCAUGCUUGUUCCAGUGUAAUAACACAUCAAAACAGAUGGCUUUGUAAGGAAAAGGUAAAAACAAGCCAACAUAUACCUGUGAUUGGACCUCCUUGCAAGAAGAAAUCGCUUCAUGAUUGGACCCAGCUUCUAGGUAAGGGAAGUCACUUCACAUGUACCAAAUGCUUUAAAUCAUAUCAUAUCAACAUCUCAGCUUUCAUUUGAUUCACAGCUGGGUUUGUUGAGUUAAUGGAUAUGAUGUGCACCAGUGUUUUCUCAGCCACUGCACUAGGUCCACUAAAGAAGCACUUAAUGAGGAUUGGAGAGUAUCACAUGGUAUGUUGCUACUCAUCUUCCAAGAUAUUGACGAACUUGGUGAAAUUUUAUUGGCCUCUUCUUAUUGGAAAAAGUGGGGUCAGAGAGGAAUGACUAAAAUUUUAAUGGAUAGAGCAAACCCAUGUGAGCCUUUGGAGAAGUAGGACCUCUCAGACUCCUAUCUGCUUUACUCCUUUCGUUCUCUCCAGUUCCUAGUUUAUAAAUACACAUAAGAAAUAAAGCUAUGCUCAUCCAACAAGUACUCUCUAUUUCCUACAUUUAAAUCUAUAUAAGCAGAAUACCGUUCAAAGUCGCUCACGCUUCUCUUUUUUCGAGGAAAUUUUCAAUAUGGGAUUCCGUUUGCCAUCGAUUCUUCUUAAUGCCAAGCAGAUUCUGAAAAUGCAAGCUAUGUCUGCCAGAAAUCAAUUUGAUGUUCCUAAAGGCCAUAUUGCAGUCUAUGUGGGAGAGAUUCAAAGGAAAAGAUUUGUGGUUCCAAUAUCAUACCUAAAGCAUCCUUCUUUUGUAGAUCUGCUCAAUAGAUCAGAAGAAGAAUUUGGAUUUUGCCAUCCGAUGGGCGGUUUGACGAUUCCAUGCAGAGAAGAUGCCUUCAUAAAUCUCACUUCUAGGCUGCACACAUUCUGAAAGUUGAAAGAACAAUGAUCACAGUUUUGUCACCAAACAUUUUAGGAAGUAGAAUAUAGGAUAAUA